AUGAUAAAUUCAACAUAUACAGAAGCUCUAAAACCAAUUAAGACAAUCCUAGGAACACUAUACCACCCAUAAGUCUUCGGAGGUUCCAUUGCCGAUUGUAAUCAGGAUAUUUUUAUCAAUGGAUUCGAUUCAGACAAUGAUGGCAAUGUCAUCUUAACUGGAUUGGUUGAUAACACAGCAGCAAGAACAUCAUGUAAAAUUUAUUCUAAUGGAAAUGUUGGCUCUUACUCCUUCAUAACUUAUAUUAACUUCUAAGGAGACGUUAAAUGGCAAUAAAUAUUGGCAAGUAAUCCGGGGAAAAAUGUUGUUGAACCGAAGAUUUCAUUUGAUAAAUUUUUGCCACUUUCAUCAGAUACCAUUACUGAAAGUAAAUUGAGAGCAGACUCAACAAAUCAAGAUGUAUUCCUAAUGAUGCAAUUAUAAUCAAGCUAUUUUGGGGAUAACUCAUUUAUUACUGGCAUGCUUUUAAGACUAGACAGCAAUCUUAAUCUAAAAUGGUGGAAAAAAAUGAUAGGUUUGUCCGACAAUAAAAAUUAUUUGCCAUUAAAUUUUGUCAUUAGUGACUAGAAAAUUUGGGGUGUUAAUAAAAUCUACCUUGAUUCUACCAAUUAUAAGUUUUCUAUGAAUAAAAUUGACAAGGCAAAUGGGCAAUAUGAAAAUUAAUGCUUGUUCAUGAAUACAGAUUUAGGAUCUACAUAGCUUUUUGUCGAUUCGGAAAUUUCUUAAAAUCAAUCAACUUGGGGAAUCACUUUUUUUGAAAGGUAUUAUUUUCUUGAUCAUAUUAUUUCAGAUGUAAGAUUAGGGUUUAGUUCUGAUGGAAAUGCUAUUGUUUCUGCCAUUUAUAAUACUUUAAAGGGUCAACAACAAAUGGGAAUAUAAGGUAUGAAAUAUGACCUUAAGAUUUUUAGAUAAUUCUCUAAAGCUAUUGGCACUUUUAUUGUAAUUACACUAAACUCUGUGAAUGUGUCUACGGUAUCUUCUAGCUCAGAUUUCUUAACUAUAUCUCCAACAGAUGUGAUUGGAUAGACUAUUGAUACUGUUACAACUUUCUCCUUAGUCACCUCAAUAGCCACAGCUACAGAUCUCUAUACUCUAUAUGAUAAUAACACUAAUUCAUUCUGCAAUAUCCCUUAUUAGAUAUCACCCUCUCGAAUGGUCUAUAAUAUUACCAGUUCAGCUCUUAAUCCUAGUGUUAGUUUAAGAUUCAAGAUUUAAAUAUCUAAUUGUAAAGGAUAAGUGUAUUCCAUCGAUGCAAUUAAAAGAAGUAAUGGAGCUGAAUUACCAACAGGCUUUUCAUUUGCCUCUGCUUCCUCUGAAUUCUUAGCUUUGAUUACCACAGCUAAUUACCAGCAAUAUACAGGGACUAGGCAUUACAUGAUCGAAGCUAAUCUAAAAGGUUAAGUUAUAAAACCUUUGAUUCCUUUAGUAGUCCAGCCGCACAAAGAUUUUGUGCGAGAUGUUUCAGAACAAAAACAUGAUUCAGCAACCUGUGGUGAUUCAAUUUACCCAUUUUUUUAUGGGUAAGACUAUGAAAUGCAAGGAAUUUAAAUGACUUCUGAUUAAUACAAUAACAUAAUGAUAGCUGGACAGGCUGCUAAAAAGCCUUUUGGGGCAGAAGAUAGUUUUAUAAGAGGGUUUUUGUCGUUGAUAGAUCAAAGGGGUGUGCCUUUCUGGAUUUACUCUGUUGAAUCUUAAAAUAUUGGCUCAACAUAAUAAGCAGCUUGCUAUCAUAUUUCUUACUAAAAUAGUAGUUCUUUACCGUUCUCGGUGUUUGGACUAUGCUCCUCAAAAAGCUACUACUUUUAAAAUUUGAAUUAAGUCUCAGUCAUUAUUAAACUUUUACAUUCCACUGGAGAAAUGAUAUAUCAAAAAAUUCUACCUUCUGAUAAUACUAACCCAAUUAUAGUUAGGUAGUUCUUAGCUUAACAAUUCGAUGCAGGUAAAGUUGUUGUAGCUUAUUAGUACACAAUGAAUUCCUUGACUAACUUUGCAGUUUUGAAUUUCAAUGAAUUAGAUUUCUCAGUUAAUUACUUCAAAUUUUACUCACCAGACAACCCUUAUACAGCCUCAUUUUUACUGAUCGAUGCUGCUAAUAACUUAAUUUACUAAUUUAAAUAAAGUGGAAGUUCAUUUAUGGAAUAAGUAAGAAUGAUAAGCACAACAUCAGGAUAGCUGUUAAAGCAAGUUACAUUAGAUCAAGGUCCAAGUUAGAAAUAAGCUUUUGCUAGUUUCUAUGGAACUAAUCAGUUGCUUGUACCCUUCAUAGAAUACAGUAGCACACCUGUUACACUGCAUGCUUAUAUUUUAAAUAGAUUUGACUUAACAACUAAUAAAAGCUUUGCAAUUGUUCUGACUAGCUAAUACAGUCAUUAGUGCAUUGCCUCUACCACGGAUUCUUAAAAUAAUAUCUACUUGACUACAGCUAAAAAUCAUCAUCUAUUUAUAAAGAUAAAUUCUGAUUUGACUUAGCCAGUGUUUAGAAUAUGGAAAGGAGAUUCUACAAGAGACUUGAGCACUAGAAUCAAUCUAAUUACAAUUUAGGAUGCUCCUUUUUAUAUGUUUGUCGGGAAAUAUACAAUUGCAUCGGAUUAAAUCUCAACAUUGAUUUUCAAGGAUACAAAGCUUUACAAUUGUUUCGACAUGUCUGAUAUUUAACCUAAUGAUACAGUUUAUUAUCCAGCCUCAUUCACAAUAUUUAAUAAAGACUCAGUUGAAGUGAUUAACCCAAUUUAGGAAAUAGAUGCAUAUUUACCAACGGACAAUUUCCCAAUUUUACCAGACGGGAAUGUUAGAUUAUUUUCAUACAGCUAUUCAGCAAUUUAGAAAGAGAGAUUAGACAUCGGAGAAGGUUAGAUGUCAAAUAAAUUUAAAGCAUAUCCAUUUUCAGAUGUUAAUUGUGGCAUGAUAUCUCCACCAAAAACAUUUAAUGGGCAGUCUAUUUAUGAAUUUAUAAGAGCUGAUAAAACUGAAACUAUUAAAUUGAAUUCAACUGUGAUAAACUGUCAAGAUAGACCAAAUUAAAUUUCAGUACUUAAUCCAAUAGAUGAUUCUACAACUUAUAAACAAACAUUUGUAUCUUAUGAUACGACCACUAAUUUGAUAUCAUUGACACUAAAUGCUUCUAUGAAGCCAUAAAGUUUCUAUAUGAAAAUAAGAUACACUGAUAUAGAGAGCACAACUUAUUUCUACGAUCACUACAUAAUGAUAAAAAUAGUUGAUAGUACAAAUCUAACUCUGUCUAAAUCAAACCCUGAAUAUUGCAAUCAGAAUGUUUUUCCAAUGAGCUAUGGAAAUACCCAGACUUAUGGAGAAUUAUACUCCCAAGGAUUUUGGGUUAAUACAACUGAUAAUAAUUUGAUAAUUGGUGGCUCAUCGAAUGCUUCGAAUCCAUUCAUAGAGAAUGAGGAUUUAAUAGAUGGUUAUGUCAUGAGGGUUUCAUCAACAGGAUAUGUAGAAUGGCUAACUUAGAUUAACUAGCAAAGAUAAGUCUCAGAGAUAAUAUCUGCAGUUACUGCCUCUCAGGGAUAUGUCUAUGCACAUUUACUAUCAGAUGGAGAUACUGAAGCGACCUGA